GAACGUCGCCCGCCGCCUAUAUACUACGUCAGCAAAGCCGUCUGAAACGCUCUCGUGGGCUGGCAAAGGAUGCCCUCAAAAGGCAGAAGAUAAACUUACUGAGACACUGAACAUCAAGUCUGGUGAACGAUGGAUCGAACAAGCCCUGGAUGAUGGCAAAGGAAACUUAGCCAUCACAGCAAAGGAUAAAGUGGAAGUGUGUCAAAAACACCUACAGGAAUUAUGGAACAACAAAUCAACAAAUAAUCCACAAAUAUUCCCAUGGCACUGCCCCACAAUUACCCAGGAGCAAGCCAUAUACCUUGCCAGCCCAAUAACAAUGCAAGAGGUAAUGGACUCCAUUAGAUCAUCUCCAAGGGGAAAAGCACCUGACCCUGAUGGCCUACCCUCAGAGUUCUAUCACAUAAUGAAAAUGAAAAUAGUCCUCCACCUCACAAACAUGUUCAAUGAAAUACUAAGUGGAAGCAAUCCUCCCCAUACAUGGAGUGAAGCACACAUAGUACAAAUUCCAAAGAAGACUGAGAAUAUUGAUCAAGUUGGCAAUUGGCAUCCCAUCAUGCUGGAGAACUGUGACCUCAAAAUCUUUAGCAGGGUGUUGUCCAAUCACUUCCAAGAAGUACUUGACACCAUCAUCCACGAAUCACAGACAGGCUUUGUCAGAGGAUGGCGACUCUUUGAGUCAGCACUGACUAUAGAUAGCAUACUCCAGGUGCAAGAUAGCAACGGAAUUGCAAAGCUAACAGUGGAUAACAAAGAGGCACAAAUUGAAAUCAAACAAGGAGUUCCUCAAGGUGAUCCCAUUGCACCUCUACUAUUUAUCAUAGCACUAGAACCUUUAAUGGCAGCAGCUAGAGUGGAAAUAGAGGGGUCACCAACAGUAAUGGCACAGUACAUAACGUGGCCUAUGCAAAUGACAUGA